AUGGCGCCGCGAGACGAAGUCAACCACACGGUGGUCUACCACGACGAUGUCGCCGAGGCGACCAAGAUGGGCGUCGCCGUGGAAGAGGUGACGGCAACCCGAAUCACAGAGGACGACGUCGCGCGCAAAUCUGCAGAGGCCUUGACGCUGAAGUCCAAGACGGGACUCCGCAUCCUGCUCUACAUGCUCAUCAUGGGAGCCAACCAGGCCGGAUACGGUGUCGACUGGGGCGUGAUCAGCAGCAUCAACUCCAACCCGCGAUGGCACGACUACUACGGCUUCCCCGACGCCGGCCCCAUCAUCGCCACCAUCAACGCUCUCAUGCAGAUCGGCAGUUUCAUCGGCGCCCCCUUCCUCAGCUGCGCCGACAUCGUCGGCCGCCGCGGCGUCAACUUCAUCGGCAACGCCCUCGUCAUCAUCGCCGCCAUCAUGCAGGCCGUCGCGCCGAACCUCGCCUGCCUCAUGGCCGGCCGUCUCGUCCUCGGUUUCGGCACCGCCCUCUGCACCGCGCCGCAGUACGUCGCCGAGGUCGCCCCGGUCCACCUCCGCGGACGCAUCGUCGGCUUCUUCGGCGCAUUCUUCCAGGUCGGAUCGCUGGGUAUGAUCGGCAUCAUGAUGGGCUUGACCGGGUGGGAGAGCGACUGGCAGUGGCGCUGCGCCUUCCUCAUCCAGGCCAUCUUCCCCCUUAUCGUCUGCAUCGGUCUCUACACCGUCUGCCCGGAAUCCCCUCGUUACCUCCUCAUGAAGGGCAAGAAGGAGAAGGCGCGCGAGAUGAUCGCCAAGUACAUGACGACGCACAACGACAUCAACCACGAGAUCGUCGACGUCGUCGUGUCGCAGAUCGAGGAGUCCAUCGAGAACACAAAAGCCGGCUUCCGCGCCACGUGGGACUUCCGCGUCUUCUUCACCCGCGCCGUGGGCUUCCGCACCACGGUCCUGGCCAUCUACGCGGUCUUCCAGCAGUGGAACGGCGGCGGCAUCAUCGGUUACUACCUCUCCCCGGCGCUGAAGACGAUCGGCAUCAACGGGCAGCUCGAACAGCUCGGCAUCAACCUGGGGUCGACGGGCCUCUACUUCAUCUUCACCAUGGUCGGGGCCUACAUCAUCGACUUCUUCCGCCGCCGCACGCUCAUCUUCGCCGGGCUGGUCAGCAUCAUCCUCGCGCAGACGGCCGUGACCAUCACGAGCUGGCAGUACACCGAGACGGGCCUGAAGUCGACGGCGAUCCUGACGGUGGUCUGGAUCUACUGCUUCCAGAUCUGCAGCGCGUCCUUCAUCGCGACCAUGCACAACCUGUACCCGGUGGAGCUGCUCUCGCUGCCGCUGCGCGCCAAGGGCAUGGGCGUGUUCGCCAUGUUCCAGGCCAUCGCGGCCGUGAUCCACACGUACGGCAUCGGCAUCGGUGUCGAGAAGCUGGGGUACAAGAUCUGGGCCGUGUACAUUGUGUACAACUUCGUGCAGAUCUUCAUCAGCUACUACAUCUUCCCGGAGACCAGCAGGCUCACGCUGGAGGAGAUUGACAACAUUUUCGAGACCGCAGGGACGCAGCCCGUGAAGCUGAGUAUUAAGAUCGCCGAUGCCAAGAGGGAGAAGAGGAAGCUUGAGCGGGAGGCUGCGGUCAAUCCGGAGUUUUGA